UGCUUCGAGACAUGCAAGAUUCCUUGGCCUUUGUCAUUGAUUUCCUUGCAAUCUAUUACUGUCUUUCUAAUAAACAUGUUCAUUCAUCCAUUUUCAUGCAGAUACCGAAAGAUCACAGCCUCAUAGAGUUAGUAACAUCUCAAUGCAAUGCAGUUUUAAAACCAGAACUCUCAAGUGCAGAAAGCUAUACAAAAGCAAAUCUUGACAGAUGGUAUAACUUGCCAUUUUCCAUUAGCUUGUCGACCUCUGUUCCGAGAAUAGGAUCGAUUCCACCGGUAUCAGAUUCGAGCUCCCUUCUUAGUUUGGAUGGAUCAUACUGUGGUUCCAGUCCUUCAAUUGAACAUCCACCCUUUGCUUCUGAUUCUGCCUACAUGUCUCAAGGCGAGAAAUUCAAGCACCCAAUUGGCACACAUUAUGGAACAAAGAGACUAAGAUGCAGCAAAAAUGUGUCUGAGCAACAAGCAAGGUUUGUUCCGGAUUGCGACGAGUCCGUAAACAACAGAAUGCAAACAACCGAGAAGCCAGAGAAAGAGAAAUACCAUUCUAAGAAUCUCGUCUCAGAGAGGAACCGAAGGAAGAAGAUAAAUGAACAGCUCCUCAAGCUAAGAGCUUUAGUCCCUAAGAUAUCCAAGAUGGAUAAAUCUGCUAUUCUCACGGAUGCCAUCGAAUACAUAGGAGAUUUGCAGCAGGAGAAGAAGAAACUCGAAAACGAGCUCAUGGAAAUCAAGGACAACAUGUCUGCUGUUAAGCCUAACCAAGUUUCAUCCGGCCUUACUGAGACGUUGAAAACGGAGGUACAUGUAGAAGUGAACCAGAUAACAAAAAGAGAGUUCUUGAUUAAGCUCCACUAUGAGCACAAUAGAGGCAGCUUUGCAAAGUUGAUGGAAGGCAUAGAUUCUUUGGGACUUCAAGUGAUUGACGCUAAUGCCACAACGUUUAAUGAAAAGGUUCUCAGCAUUUUCAAAGUUGAGGCAAACAGGGAUUUUCAAUCCAGGAAAUUGAGAGACUUGUUGACCAACUUAACAAAGUAGGUAAAUCACAUUCCUGGUUCAAUAUACAGUAAAAGAAAAUGUAGAUUCAGGGUUGAGAUUGAAGCAAUGUAUAGU